AUGGCAUCAAGGAAUCCAGAAACAAAGCAGCACCGCAAGGUCCUGAUGCUGAAGGAUCGCGUUCAAGCAAUCGAGAAGUUACAACAAGGACAGUCGGUUUUAAGCACUGCGCCAGACACCAAGCUGGAUGUCAUGCUGGAGCAUUUUAAGCGCGGCUUGUCACACAUGGCACUGGUCCAGGAUCCUUGCAACAAUUCUGAAAGAGACCCAUACGAUGUCACUGUCGGGAUUGUGACACUACAGGACAUUAUUGAAGAAAUCAUCAAAACAGAAUUUCCUGUUGAGACUGCUGUUGUGAGUGAUAACAGUCCCAAGGAACCGGGGCAGAGGAAACCCAGGGAGAAUGCUGAUGUGAAGCUACUUGAGGUGGAGAAGUCUGCGAGUUUCUCCGUGUUCAAGACGGUCGAGGGCAUGCUCCUACCCGAAGAAGCACCACUCCUCAGAUACAGCAACCCCCGCGACCGCCGCUCAACCAGAAAGCGGACCAGAACGUAAACCACCCACCCAUCCCCGUCUGUCGCCAGAGGAUGCUCGCCGCACCAUCCAACGGCGCCGCAACAUCCCGCAAGCCCGCUCUGUAGCUAGGUCACGGCGACGGGCAGCAGUCCGUCUCAAGCAGCGGGCCCGGGUGGUCCCUCCCCCGCCACCGGUAAACCCGUCGGCCAGGUUCGACCAGUUGGGUCAAGAACCCGAACUGGUCUCCGAGGCCGAAUGGUGGGAUUAAAGGUAGAGUAUUCAUUUUGUGCAUGUGGGUGUAUGCCGAAUGUGUGCGUGUAGGUCUAUGUAUGUGCGUGUAGGUCUAUAUAUGUGCGUGUAGGUCUAUAUAUGUGCGUGGUUGUGUACAUGUGUGUUUGUUACAAUUUACAAUUUGUUCAAAGACUAAUUAUUUUUAUUCCAUAUUUGGAUCACUCACCUGCAUGCGUUAGUUUAUACACAUCUCAUAACCCCCAUAUUUGUCCCAUUUUCCCACUACCCCUGCAUGCAAUAGUUUAUACACAUUUCAUAACCCCUCAAUGUGCGGACAGAACUGUUUCGUCCUUCGUAUCCUAUUUUUAUCGCUCUCUUUUUUCUCCUUAUUUUCCCCCAACCCUCCUUCCCUGUAACAUAAUAACAUAUUCGCUGCCUUGUCAUUGAACAUUUGUGCUCGUUUUGAUUAGCGAAUUCAAAUAAAGUAUACAAACAAACAAACAAUGUAGUGGAGGGGAGAGGAAACAGGGACCAGUGUCACUGGGCAGGAGGUAAAAUUGAGAACAACGCGCACUCUUAGAUAGAACUAUGUUGAACUUAUUGAGCGUUUCCUGGUAUUUGUGGGUGAAAUGGUAAAACGGUUUGAUUGAUUUUAUUUGGAUUCGUGAGACCAAACGAGCAGGAGUGCUCAAUAACAGGGUA